CUUCUCUUCCGGUUUUCUAACAUGCAUUCCUGGAAGAGCCAUAAGCUGGACAGGAGGAGCAUAAGCUUCUGGCUGCUGCUCGGUGGUUCCUGCAUCCGCUGAUGGAGCUUUUGGCUUUUUAUAGCUGCCAGUAGGCAUACCUGGUAGACCAGCCGGAGCACCAAACAUGCCCAUCAUGCCCAUUCCUCCACUAAUUUUGGCCAUUCGGUCACGAAUUUCCAUCCGCCGUCUGAUUUCAGGAUCUAUCUCGUCCUCCUCUUGCUCCUCACUCUCUUCUUCCUCAGAGCCAUUGGCACCAGGAGCAUCGCCGUGGGUUGGCCUCAGGGCUCUGGACUCAGGUGACUUCUCUUCCACGUCUUCUUUGCUUGUUGAAGUUUCACUUGCUUCUUCGGUAUCUCCAGCUGCCGAAUUAUCAGCAUCAUUAGUGUCGCUUGUAAGUUCUCUGGCGGGUGGUAAGACAGGAGUUCGAUGCUUAGGCUGAGUGCCUUCUUCGGCUGGAUCACCGCUUGCAGCUGACGAUUCUUUUGCAGUUUCUGAGGUCUCAGUCCUCUGUAGCUCUACUCCCAUCACUGACUCGGAUGGUUCAACCAGCUCUUGUGACUCGACUUUCUUCUUCGCCGGCUUUUUCGGCUUUUCUUUCUUCUGGGCUGCUUCAGAAUGCCGAGAAGCUUGCUCUAACUGCUGCUUCUGCAGCAGGGCAAUUCUUUCUUUCAGGCUUGUUGGCUUAGGCUCUUCCUCUUCUGUAGCUUCCGUUCCUUCCAAGGCCUCAGAUCGAAUUGGCAGCGAAGUUUCUUGGGGCUCCUCCC